AUGGGCGGCGUCGAUAAAGAGCGCGUGAAGAGGGUGGUUUUUGAAAUGAGCAAGAAUUCUGCUCAUUUUAAGAAUGAGCAACGGAAGCAAGCUAAAGUUGAAGAAAGAAUCGGGAGGCUGAAGGUCCAGGCACAGAAGCUCACACCCCAGGAACUUGCAGCCCAAUUGAGACUCAUGGACCAGAGGAUUGCUGACCUGGAAGCCAGUCGAGAUUUAAGUCGCACCUGGCUGCAUGUGGAUAUGGACGCCUUCUUUGCAUCUGUUGAGGAGCGCGACAGACCAGAGCUGAAAAGCCAGCCAAUGGCUGUGGGUGGGAAGUCAAUGAUAUCCACUGCAAAUUAUGAGGCACGGAAGUAUGGUGUACGGAGUGCGAUGCCCGGGUUCAUUGCCCUGCGACUGUGCCCAAAUCUCGUGUUUGUGAAAACAGACUUCAACAAGUAUAAGCAGGCCAGUGAGGAAACCAGGGCAAUCUUCAAAUGCUUCGACCCAGAUUUUGAUGCUGGAAGUCUUGACGAGGCGUACCUGGAUGUUACAGAGUACAGCAAUAAGUCUGGUCUCUCAGGGGCGCAGGUCGCUGCGAUUCUGCGUGAUCGAGUGCGUGAGGUCACUCAGCUGACAUGCAGCGUGGGAGUUGCGCCAAACCGGUUUUUAGCGAAGGUGGCAUCUGAUAUGAACAAGCCGAAUGGCCAGUAUGUUGUGGAGUCGGAGAGGCAUGCUGUGAAGACCUUCGUUGAUGCAUUGCCCAUACGGAAGGUGCCCGGGAUAGGCAAAGUGACAGAACAAACGCUUCAUGCAUUUAGCAUUCAUACAUGCCAUGAUUUGAUGGAGAACAGGGCCCUCAUUUCGGCGCUGUUUUCUCCAAGUUCGUGCUCCUUCUUCCUCGACACCGCUCUGGGCCUAGGCAGCAAUAAACACUGGGAGGUACCUGGCCCAGGGGAGGCUGGCAGGAAAGGGAUCAGCUGUGAAAGGACCUUCAAGGCCUUAAGCACGCAAGCAGACCUGGAGCAUAAGGCGCGAGAACUCGCUGCACACCUUGCGGCCGACAUGGCCAAAGAGGGCUUGAAGGGCAAGACGGUUACACUCAAGCUGAAGACGACUGCCUUCGAGGUCAGAACGCGAGCAACCACACUGCCAUGCUUUGUGUCAUCUGCGAACGAGAUCCUCAAGCCUGUGCUCAAAGCCCUUGCAGCCGAGAUGCCCAUCGAAGUUCGGCUCAUGGGCAUUCGUGUGUCAAGUUUCUAUGAGGAGAGGGUGACUCGUGGGCAGUGCGCCAUUACAACAUUCGUGAAACCUGGGAAGCAAUGCCUGUCGCAACGUGAUGCAUCACAGGCCACACCAGAGAAGCAGGAAGAAUUUGAAGAUGGCUGUCAGGGCGAUGCUAAGGACCAGACUGUGGGGCAGGCAGAUAGCAACCCGUCUGUCCAAACAUUCAAAAGGGCGAGGCUGGGGGGUGAGGUGGGUUCAGUCAAUCCAGUGGAGUGUGCAAGAGAUAGCAUUCCUUGCCAGCAAGUGGCACAUGCAGGCUCGCACGAUGGUAGUGGUGCAGUUCUCAUCGAUGCGGACUUGACUCACUCUGGCUGCCAGGGCCAAAAAGACAGGGGGGGCUGUGCUUUGGGGACCCCCCAAAAUAGACCCUGGUCCCCAGCUGCAGGUGCUGUUCAGGAAUGCUCGCUGCAGAGCAGCCUGCCUGUAUCGUUUAGCUCUUGCACACAAACAAAGUGCAGUAGGUGUGGCGCCUGGGUGUCAGCAGCUGAGCAACAGGAGCAUGAAGACUAUCAUUUGGCCCUGGAUCUGCAAGCAGAGACUCCUGUGGCAGUGAGGCCAACAGCACCCCAACGACUUGCCCCAGGUGGAAGAUGGUCGAAGAAGAGGAAAAGUGGUGGGAGAUGUUCCAAGAGCCGGAGAAGCAGUGAAAGCAUUUCAACUACACUUGAUGCAUUUCUUCAGAAGAGAUAG